AUGCUCGCAGACCAUACUGCACCCCGACUCCGUAGUGAUUGUGACCCCUGUACAGGGGACGACGACGGCCGAAAUGCCGGGAACGAUUGCGUUCCGGUCCUAUGCCCCGUCGACGGCGCAUUCUACUGCAAGUGGUGCAUGUACGAGAUCGACGAGGAUGAGGUAGAGAGUGACUCGGACUAG